CCGAACAGUGAAUUCAACCAAAGCAAAGGGAGCCUGGCAAUGCAUUCGGAGGAUCCGUUCGCAGAUCCAGGCCAGCGUGGUCCUGGCUACCAUCUCUAUCCACCUCAGCAGCCUGCUGACCUUGCAUCGCCCAUUGUUCAUGAAUGAAAGUAUGAUAGCUCCUGUUGAGCCAGUGGCGGUACCACUGCCCGCCCUGCAUGAAGUCAUGCUUACCCACUCUGUUCGGCAAGUCUCUUCAGGCUACACCUCGAGCGACGGGGCCAGUACUGAGUACCCCCCGAGUAAAGACAUACCCCUAGAAACGAACGAGCGUCUCCCCUUGAUCACUCGCUCAGCUCGCCCGUCUACGCCUCCCAUUGUGACCACGUUCUCGCACCCAAGCCCAGAAAGACAAUCUUAUCAUCCACAUAACUUUGGUGUCAGCCAUCCCACUCCACAGCGAGCCCAGCGUAAUCACCUCGAUGGCAAUGGCUCCGCACAUACUUAUUCGUAUGGGUCGGUGUCUAGACCGUAUGCUGGCCGUGGAUGGAUAGAGCAGGCGCUACCUCACGGUGCCAAAUACUUCGUGAAUCCGCGUAUUCAAGCCACAACCGAUAUUGACCUUCGCAACUUGGCAAAGCUGGAAGCGGUUAUGUCGGCUGUCGAAAUAGCCGGCAGCGCCCCUGAAGGAUGUGAAAUGUGGGCCAGAGAAGGUCCCGCCGUGAAGAGAGGUUGGAGGAGACAGAAGGUGACUGGAGGGCCAGUUAUCAGUUGGGUAGACCAUCGAAUCCGCAGAGUCUCGAGUGACAUUCCUAGUGUCGACGGAAUUAUCUUCUCUGGGGAAGAUGACAGACUUGAUGACGAGUACAGAUACUGGUCAUUUGUGGAGACUCACCCCGCGCAUAUUUCAUUGCCGCAAAGUGCUCGGCAGGAAGCUUUGGACGCUCUUCAUUGGUCUUACACAGACCCAUUAUUGGCACAUCCUCAGCCGAUCCCCCCUCCUUUCACCCAAGAGGAGUGUCACAAGUUGCUAGGUCAUCUCAAUGAUCCCAACCUACGAUCAACUACGACACAUACGCGGAUGAUUGCCCGCAUCUUGCUUCGCGUCGCUCACUGGCGUCAAACGCACUUCCGACCACAUAAGCCUCUUCCCCACGAUGUCCCUGUUAUGCGGCGUCCCAAACGACACGUGCCUAUGGGUCGCAUGAUUCUCGAUAUCAUUACCGGUAUUCUCUGUCUAGGUAUUCCAUUCUUCCUCGUUGAUCGGACAAACUAUGGUGGCCACGUUGACUUGGAGGGCAACAUCGUAUCUAAUUCCGGUGGUCCUUUGUUCCUGGCUGGUGCCUGUGCAUGUCUAGUUGCUGCUGUCAUCCUCAGCGCUUCUGUGACGCUCAUGACAUUACCCGGUCUGAGUGGUAUCGCACGCAUGUCAGGUCUCGUCGCCAUCAUGUGCUCAGUACUGAGCAUGAUCACCUCGUUCAUUUCCAUCAUACGCCAAAAAGCGGAGAUGUCACACGGGGCGCCGACGUCGGGCUCCGAAGGAUUUGUGCUCCUUACUCGCCGAAGUGUCCUCUUAUCUCUCCCACUUGUAUUCCUAGCCUACUCUGUCGCAGGCUUCAUCACUGGGGUCGUUAUCUACUCGUUCAACGGGGUGAUGCCCAACUUGAACGGAAUGGCGAACGGAUCUCUAUCACAGGUACAUUGAUGAUUGUAGUCAUGGUUGGCGCUCGGCGGUAUUGCUGGAGUGCUUAUCGCUUCUUUCGAUGUCUACUGAAACCAAUUCGUAACGAUUUAUGUAGUGUGUAUGUUAGAACUGGGCUGUAUCACGAACCUGUCACGCUCUCCCAUAAUAUAAUAAAGCAAGCAGUAUGAAACGA